AUGGCGCGGCGGGCGCUGGCGGCGCUGGCGCUGCUCCUGUGCCUGCCGGGGCCGGGCAGUGCCGCCCGGCCGCGGGAGGAGCGCGGCGGCGGCCGCCGGCAGGAGGGAGCGGCGGCGGCUCUGCGGGAAAGCGCUAAAAGAAUUAGAUUAUUGAAUUCAUCAUCAAAAGAUAACACCACUGCUGUCUAUGGAAUAAAUCAGUUUUCUCACCUGUUUCCUGAAGAGUUCAAAGCUAUUUACUUGAGAGGCAUACCUCACAAACUUCCCAGAUACACAAAAGUGCCAAAGGGGAAGGAAAAGCCUCUGCCAAAGAAGUUCGACUGGAGGGACAAGAAGGUCAUUGCAGAAGUGAGAAAUCAGCAGACAUGUGGAGGCUGCUGGGCUUUCAGCGUUGUAGGUGGCAUAGAGUCUGCCUAUGCAAUUAAAGGAAACACCCUGGAAGAGCUCAGUGUGCAGCAAGUGAUUGACUGCUCUUACAAUAACUACGGCUGCAACGGGGGAUCCACCGUUAGUGCAUUGAGCUGGCUGAACCAGACAAAAGUAAAACUCGUGAGAGAUUCAGAAUACAGUUUUAAAGCUCAGACAGGACUGUGCCACUAUUUUGAGCGCUCAGAUUUUGGAGUUUCAGUAACAGGAUUUGCUGCAUAUGACUUCAGUGGUCAAGAAGAAGAAAUGAUGAAGAUGCUUGUCAGCUGGGGCCCUUUGGCAGUGACAGUCGAUGCUGUUAGCUGGCAGGAUUACCUUGGUGGAAUCAUACAAUAUCACUGCUCCAGUGGAAGAGCAAACCAUGCUGUUCUUAUCACUGGUUUUGACAGAACAGGUAGCAUCCCUUACUGGAUUGUACAGAACUCUUGGGGGCCGACUUGGGGCAUAGAUGGCUACGUUCGUAUUAAGAUAGGCGGCAAUGUCUGUGGUAUAGCAGACACAGUUGCAGCAGUAUUUGUUUGACAUUUCUCUGGGUCUCUACAACUGGUCAAAGACCACAAGUAUCAUGAGCACAGACACUGUAUAUGAAGAUGUAAUUCAGAACACCAUUUUCAAAUAUAAGAAAUGGCUGUAAGGGCAAUUCCUGCAACUCCUGGCUGAAGUUAUUUUUAAAAAUGUUUUUCUUUGGAAUUUGUAUUGAAUGCCAAAUUUCUCAUGGAGUAAGAAGACUGAACUGCAGAGUGCACAAACAGAAAUUACAAAGAUGGACUGAAGCCUCAAAUGUAAGCUUUAUCCAGGUGUUGAAUACUACUCCAUGGAAAAAAAUCCUAGAAGGAAUGACAGCAAAUAAGAAGGAAUUUGGAUCAAAAAAACAAUAGUAUAAGAGUAUAUUUGAAAUUAUUUGAAUAGAAGGAUCAUGACUAACAGUUUAGAAAGUCAGCUAUUACAGAAUAUAUCCAAUCAAGCGAGUGUUCAAUUUCCCUCAUUAAUUGAAUUCAGUAGUGGGACUAAAAAGGUGUUCCAGCUUCGCUAAGUUGUGGAACUGCAGCUGUGGGCAAAGGUAGCUAGAACUCACAAUGAAACAUGUAAUUCUAAAAUGUUCUGACUUUUUCACCUGCAAUGCUUUAUCUGUAUCUUUUAAGAAGGCCUACUGUGAAAAGUAUUGAAGCAAUUCUGUAAUUUUUGCACUCAAUUACUCUACUGUGGUUUUAGAUUAGUUUUUUUAUAACCUUUUUAUGACAAAUGCAAUGAGUAUUUAUAAUUGUCUAUUGUUAACUGUUGCUGUUUUAUUCCUUCUAAUUGUUAAUAUUUUAAAUGAAAGGAAGACCAAGUAUGAUGUUUCUUUACUUCAGGUUUUGCUACUUACUGAAUUUACUUGGCUGAAAACUUCAGUUUUAAAAAACUUGAAGUCUUCUGUACUCUAAAUAUUGUGUAGUCUGGCCUUUCCUGAGUGUCUUACAAACAACAGAUAGCACACUUCCAUAACUGGAAAACAAAGUCCCUGAUGGGCAUGGAUAAGAAUAAUGUAGUCAUAGCAAUAUGAAACACAGACGUGCCUCCAGGGUUUUUGAGGUGCUACUGCCAGGCAUAAGUAGCUGAAGUGCUGCUGUAGAGAGAACUUACCAGAAAUUCCAGCCUACAGUCCUGGUGCAAAAGAAACACUUAAAAAGACAAAAGCCAAUUAAUGAGGACACUGCUUUAUCGAUAUUCUAUAGCCAAAGUUGCCUUUUAUUAUAUACCAAUUUGAAUAAAAAUCACUUUAAAUGCC